AUGGAUGCGCCGCGUGAGAAUGAGGAGUUGAACGACCUCCAACCUCAGCAGCAAGACCCGGCAGCUGCAUCUGCAUCUGCAUCUCCUUCUCCCUCUUGCCCUCCCCCAGAUCUACGUACCAACUCUCCCAGCGCAACACCUACACGACCGACCCGCGCUGUCUCGUCUGCUGCACCGAGCGAGCAGAACAGCGUCGCCCACUCGGACCCUCCCUUCUCUCCCUGGAGUGCUAGCUCGGACCAUCAGCUGGGCCAUCACUCUGCCGCUUCCGACAUCUCUGGCGACCGGGUCUUCCCCAUCAGAUCUGUUGUCAGCCUUGAUCCUAACACCAGUAAGAUUACCGGUGACGAUUACUUCCCUGCCAUGCACGAAGGCGAUGGCCGGGGCAUUCCUGUCCAGUUCCCAGGUGCUGCCCGAGCUGACAAGGGACCAGAUCUGAGACGCUCAGACACUGUUCCAGCUUCCUACCACUCUCGAUCUCAGAAUGAACGCCUCGCUUCCAUCAUGCGCAGGAAGAAUACCCUUAGCGGGCCAAUGUCAAGCAUACAACUGGAUGCCGCGCGCCAUGGGAGCAGCACAAUACCGCUACAACUCGAUAUAUCCACCUCAGACCACGAGACGGAGGAGUCGGGUCCAUUGGGGCAUGCCGGACUUGGUCCAGCUGAGGAAGAACCCGAGAUGCCCUCAGGCGCAUCUGUGGGCCAGGCCAGCACCGAUAUUCAGCACGUAACCGCACGCUUCACGCACGUGGUAACCGAUGAUGGCCACGCCGUCAUCACUGGCCGAGAUGGUGUUCUUCAGCGAUGUGAAGACGAACCUAUUCACACACCCGGUGCUGUUCAAACAUUCGGUGUCCUUGUUGCGCUGCGCGAGGAGAAUGAUGGUUGUUUCGUUGCCCGAUAUGUCAGCGAGAACGCCGAGAGAAUAUUGGGCUACACCCCCCGACACCUGUUUCGACUUAAGAACUUCUUAGACAUCUUGACGGAGGAGCAGCAGGAUAAUCUUCUGGAUCACAUCGACUUCAUCCGCGACGAGGAUGCUGACCCAGCUAUUAAUGGUCCCGAAGUGUUCAGUUUGUCGAUUCGACCCCCAAAACGCAAGAGCAUGAAGCUUUGGUGUGCUAUUCAUAUCAACCCAGCGCACCCCGAUUUGAUCAUCUGCGAGUUCGAACUGGACGACGACAUUGAAUACCCCCUCCGACCCAACGACGAAAUGACACCAGACACCCCCCAUGAUACGUUACAAUCGAACCCUACCUUGGAGGAAAUCGAGGCCAGCACAGAGGUUCUCAGCAAACCCCUCAGGAUCCUGAGAAGCGCACGAAAGAGGAGGGGUGAACAAGGCGCCAUGCAGGUUUUCGACAUAAUGUCUCAGGUUCAAGAACAACUCUCAUCAGCUCCCAACCUAGAGGCCUUUCUCAAGAUCCUAGUCGGCAUUGUCAAGGAACUGACAGGAUUUCAUCGUGUCAUGAUAUACCAAUUCGAUUCUUCUUUCAACGGCAAGGUUGUUACUGAGCUUGUUGACACGUCCACGACAAGAGACCUCUACAAAGGCCUUCACUUUCCCGCAUCCGACAUUCCACGACAGGCUCGUGAUCUCUACAAGUUGAACAAGGUUCGGUUACUCUACGAUCGGGACCAAGACACGUCGCGGAUCGUCUGCCGUACCAAGGAAGAUCUGGACGUGCCCUUGGAUAUGAGUCACUCAUACCUCCGAGCCAUGUCCCCAAUCCACCUAAAGUACCUCAAGAACAUGGCUGUACGGUCAUCCAUGUCGAUAUCUAUCAACGCCUUUAACGAACUAUGGGGCCUCAUAUCUUGCCAUUCGUACGGUAAGAUGGGUAUGCGAGUAUCUUUUCCGAUUCGAAAGAUGUGCCGUUUGGUCGGAGACACGGCAUCACGGAACAUCGAGAGACUCUCCUAUGCUUCACGGUUGCAGGCCCGAAAGUUAAUCAACACAGCUCCCACGGACAAGAAUCCUUCUGGCUAUAUUAUUGCCUCAUCAGAAGAUUUACUGAGACUGUUUGAUGCUGACUUCGGGUUGCUGUCCAUCAAGGGCGAGACAAAAAUCAUGGGCCUCAUUGAGCAAAGCCAGGAAGCACUCGCCAUGCUGGAAUAUCUGCGAAUGCGUAAGCUCACGUCUGUGGUCGCUUCACAGGACGUCAAAGAGGACUUCCCUGACCUACGGUAUCCGCCCGGUUUCCAGGUUGUGGCGGGGUUGUUAUACGUCCCUCUGAGUGUUGGAGGCAGCGACUUCAUAGUCUUCUUCCGCAAGGGACAGAUCAAGGAGGUGAGAUGGGCUGGAAACCCCUAUGAGAAGGUUAUCCGCGAGGGUACUGCCGACUACCUUGAGCCAAGGAAAAGCUUCAAGACAUGGCACGAGACGGUCAUAGGCAAGUGCAGAGAGUGGAACGAGGAACAAGUAGAGACGGCUGCUGUUCUAUGUCUCGUUUACGGCAAAUUCAUCGAGGUCUGGCGACAGAAGGAGGCGGCUCUUCAGAACAGCAAGCUCACCCGCUUGUUGCUCGCCAAUUCUGCUCAUGAGGUCCGAACACCACUAAAUGCCAUUAUCAACUAUCUCGAAAUCGCACUCGAAGGUUCGCUCGAUCAGGAAACCCGCGAAAACCUUGCGAGAUCGCAUUCGGCUUCAAAGUCUCUUAUCUAUGUGAUCAAUGACUUGCUCGAUCUGACCAAGACAGAGGAAGGGCAGAGCCUUGUCAAGGACGAGGUGUUCGAUCUGGCUAGCUGCAUCAGAGAAGCAACUGGUCCUUUUCUAGCUGAUUCCAGGCGCAAGGGGAUUCAUUACACUGUCAUUCAGCAUCCGGGGCUGCCGGAGUUCGUUCAUGGAGAUGAGCGACGUAUCCGGCAAGCCAUUUCCAAUGUUGCAGCAAACGCUGUAGCACAUACUGACAAAGGACAUGUUAAGAUUGACGUGUUUGUGUCGGAGGUUAAGGACCAGCGCGUCGUGGUAGAUUUCGUUGUUGAAGAUUCAGGCAUCGGCAUGAGCGCAGGCCAACUCGAUGCCCUUUUCCGCGACCUGGAACAAGUGAGUACGGAGGAGUUACCUAGACCAGCUUCCCAGAUGGCAAACAUGCCACGGGAGAUGCGUACUCUCGGUCUUGGGCUUGCCGUCGUUGCACGUACCGUUCGAAACAUGGACGGCCAACUUCGCCUCAAAUCAGAGGUUGGCCAGGGCUCGAGAUUCGUGGUCCAGCUUCCUUUCCAUCUCCCGGAUGAGUCGCCAAGUUCGGAAGCCCGGAGCGGACCAAGUGCUAAGACGGCAGCCUCAUCGAACCCAGUGACCUCUGCCCCCUCUUCCUUGACGGUGGCACCAGAGGGCGAGAUUAUGCUUGUCGACCGGGCAAGCACAACGGGUCCUUUGGAUGGCGAUCUUGUUGGCGAUCGAGGAAGUAUGGGAAGCCGACAGAGUCGAGCCAGUCAUACCAGCCACGGGAGCCAACUCAGUGAUGCCGAUCGCUUGAUUGACGCUAUUCAGACGCCAUUAUCCCUCAAUGAGAAAGAAGGGGGAGAGUUCCCUCUUAUGGAGAGUAUCCGCUCAGGAGGUUCUGGCAGGCCCAGAUCUCGCGGCGCUCUUAGUGCCGGUGCUCGUUCCUCCAGCCCAUCCCACAGAGAACCUCAAAGCCCUGUCGCAGUCAGUGCUCCAGGGACACAGCCCGGUCGAGCAGAGGUCCAAGACACCAAGACUUCGAUUCGGGCUGUCAAGAUACCCGAUGACUACACUGAUAUGCCUCGGAGGCCACAGGGCGGCGAGAACUCUGGCGUACUAUUCGAAAUCAAGGGUGGUGAUCGCGCCGCCUCGAAGGCUGGCACGGAGAGUGUGACCAGCGGCGGAACUCACGCGACUGAUUCUCAGCGUCUUGAGGUUCUCGUUGCGGAAGAUGACCCAAUCAACAUGAAGAUCCUGAGAAAACGGUUGGAAAGGUUGGGGCAUGGCGUGCAUGGCACUGUCAACGGCGAGGAUUGUGCCACGGUUUAUCGUGAAAAGUCGACCGAGUUUGACGUUGUCUUGAUGGACAUGCAGAUGCCCAUCGUUGACGGCCUCACGAGUACAAAGAUGAUUCGGUCGAUAGAGGCAUCGGCAGAACAUCACGGCCACUCGACACUCUCGCUCACAAACCAUCGCAUUUCCAUCUUUGCCGUCUCAGCGUCUCUUGUUGAGCGUGAGAAGCAAACAUAUGUAGAUGCUGGAUUCGACGGAUGGAUUCUCAAGCCCAUCGACUUCAAGCGACUUAACACUCUGCUGGCAGGCAUCACAGAUGCCGACGUUCGAAACACAUGCCUAUACGAACCAGGCCAAUGGGAGCGUGGAGGGUGGUUUUGGUCUAGGUCCGAAAUCAAUCCAGAAUCUCAAGAUACUACACCAAAGGCUGAGAAUGAGGUCAAAGAGCUCGGUGGUGAUGCCGAGACCUCUGCUCCCGCCAGUUGA